AUGUCUGACGAAUAUUUUUAUGGUGUAACCCUCUCAUCGUCACAUCAAUCUGAGACAUGGGACCCAGAAGCGAAAGCGGAAUACCCACGAAGCAAUAAACUUCUUAUUCGCACUGCGCUUCUCGGACCAGACGCUAAGCCCGACGAACUUAAUGUUAUACAGGUUGAAACUAUGUGCUUACAAGACACAAUCAAAAUCCCAGUUGCCAUCCUAAAGGUUGGUGAAACAAGACAAGCUAGAUUGGACAUUGAGUUCCCAGAUGCACCAGUUACCUUUACGCUUACACAGGGUUCAGGUCCAGUGCACUUGAUUGGUCAGCAUUUACUUGGGGCUCUUGUUGAAGAGUUUGAAGAUAUGGAGGAGAUGGAAGAAGAGAUGCUAGAUGAAGAGGAAGGUGAUGACUCACAGUUUAAGGAAGAUGAAAAUAAAAGGAAAGCGGCUGGCAAACGCAAGACGAAUGAGGACGAUGAUGACGAAGAGGGUGAACCAAAAGGAAAGAAGUCUAAAAUGUCAAACAAUGCCAAAGGCAAGGCUGCAUCACCUAAGAAAAAUGCCAAGAAGUGA